UGCGUUCUUGCACGUGUGUGUGUGUGUGUGCAGAAAAAAACGACGUUGAGGCAGAGCAACAACACAGCAAGUCUUUGUUGGAGCUGGAGGAGGGUGCUGGUGUGACUGUGUGAACAACACACACGGAAGGCACAGCUGCGAGCUGAACUGGCAAGCGAGGGAGCUUCCGACUCGGCAAGCCAAGCUCACCAUUCAGGGAGAGCGGGAGAUAGAUCGCCCCACUGGACGAGCGGCUGCCAAACGACACACAUUCACCACACACAUCCACACACACAUCCACACAUGGUUGGACGAUUGACAUGGAGGAGACGCGCUGUUGGGAAGGGCAGUGGGGUGGUGGCGGUGAGGGCGAGGAGAGGCUGCUUGCUGUGGGGCAUCCUGUACGCCAUCAUAGCAGCAUCAACAGUAGCUACAGUGGCGGCAGGGACAAGGUACGAACAAAGCGAAGAUGCCAGCAGAGGAUGGCAAGAUGAGCCUGUCCGCUUGGAUGAGGGCCGCGUGUCAGAGCGACCACCACCCAACUCGACCUACAAGGACAGCGUGCAGACAGGGCUGGCAGCUGCACUGAGUGUCUCCGCCUCCAUCAGCAUCCUCUCGUGCUUGUGGGUGCUGCUUGUCAUGGUCCUCCAUCGCAUGUACCGUGUCCAGUCCCGCCGAUUCCUCAUCCACACCACCAUCGCCAACCUAGUCUACACGGUGUAUUGGGUGCUGCCUCGCUUUCCACAGCACAACCUCAUCACAGAGCGGUUUGGUGGAGCACCUUGUAGCUGCGCUGAAGGGUUCUUUUGCGUGUUUGUCAUGUUUGUGCUUGACCGCGAGAACCGACGCCUGUGUCGCUGGGCCGCCAUGCGCAAGGCCUUUUACAAGUGGUGGAUUGGCGCUGCCAGGCGCCGUGUUGUCUUUUCCAGCGAGGAGCGCGUGCGGAAUUUUUCCGUUCAGUCCGAUGAACAAGUCGUCCGAGAUGUGAUAUCUGGGGCAAUGCACCAGGAGAGCGGGGGCGAUGGCUCUGGCGGCAGUGGUGCUGGCGAUGACGGCAGUAGCGGCAGCAACGGCAGCAACGGUGCCACGGGUGAGGGUGGCGGGCGCAUCCGCUUUGCCCGGCCAACAGUGACGUCGUUUGAAGGGCCCGUCACGCAUGAUGGCGGGAACCCAAGUGACGGCAGCGACGCCAGGCAUGGCCACAGGCGUCCACGACGAAGACGAGCAAACACGGGGCGCCACUGCCCGAUGCCGGGCCCAACCGUCGGCAUGGAGGACGACAACGAAGCUAAUGGAGACAACGAUGAGGAGGAAGAGGAAGAGGAGGAGGAAGAGGAAGAGGUGGAGGCGCAGGUGGAGCAAGGCGAACAACAACAACAACACCACCACCACCACCAACAACAACAACAACAACAACAACAACAACAACAGCAGCAGCAGCAGCAGCAGCAGCAGCUGGGCCAUGCUGGUGUGAGGGAACAAGGGGGCGGGCGGAGCUGGGCUGCCGAUGACGACGAUGAUGAUGGCGGGAGCGACAGAGAUGAUGAUGAUGAUGAUCACACACCUUUGUUGUCCAGCAGACCACAGUAA